AAGCCUUCUUCCUCCGUUCCACAGUGCGAUCCCCUUCCCCCUUCCAGAACUCUCGCCCCUCCGUCUCGCACAUUCCGUCGCUUCACUUCCCGUUUCCGCUCUUCCCCUCUUCCUCAAUCCUCACCGCCGCCCUCUCCUCUAUCCAAAUCCACUACAUCCCAAACCGCCAACUCCCAUUCCCCGCACGCGGGCGAGAUCCGAUGAGGCCGCGCUCCACCAGCGCCGCCGCGACGCCGCCGACGAGCCCGAAGCCCGGCGCCACCAAGCGGCAGCGGAAGUCGGUGCCGCUCGGCGACGUCACCAACCUCUUCCUCCGCCCCGAGACCCCGACCCGAUCAAGCCCAGAAGGACUGCACGCCGGCCCGUCCCCGCGCCCUCUGUCGCCUCCGCUGUCUCCUCUACCUGCUCCUCAGCCUCGGUCACGCCCGCGCUCAAGCCGUCCUCCUCCGCGUCGGCCACGCCCGCGCCCGGCUCGUCCGCCUCCGCCCCUGUCACGCCCGCGACCCAACCGUCGUCCUCCGCCACGGUCACGCCCGCGGCCAGGCCUCCCCCUCCACCGCCUCGGCCACGCCCACGCCCGAGCCGUCGUCCGCCGCCACGGUCACGCCCGCGCCCAAGCCGUCCUUCGCCGCCGUCCUUGAGGAGGAGGGGAGCGUGUUCGAUUCGCCGACCAUCUGCAUGGUUUACGCGAGGCGCAGGACUACGGAGGUUGAGACAGAGGGAUGGAUCAACCCCACCAUCACCAACAAGGGCAAGGAACCCAUUGGCGCUGCCGCGAGUUGCCCCCCUCUUGGAAAAUCUGAGAAAAGGGAUACUCGGCCCAUCUCUUCAUCAGCUCCUUGCCGUGAAGCCAAAAAGAAGUGGCCUCUUGCAAGGACACCCAAGUUACCAGAAGAAUUUGUGAAGAAGCAGAGAGCAUACUUUGCAGACGUGGAUGCCUUUGAACUGGCAGAGGAAGAGGUAUCAGAAUCUGAGCUGGAGUGAAUGAAAACUGGAGAGCUAAAGCUCCCCCUAUCCUAGAACACGUGGCCUUUCAUGUACAUAGGUAGUUUAGUGGUAGAAUUGCUUUUACUACGAAGUUACGAUGGCUAAGGUAUGUUAGCAAUGUAUAGCUAGUUCUUUUUGUAACACGGGGCCAAACCUUGGUGAUCGCUGGAGCAUGCCUUAGUAUAGGCAACUAUUAACGUUAGUAUUAGUUGUAGCAUAGUACAACUGUAUGAGAACAUAAGAAGGGUCUGUUGGGACUUGCACAGCGCUAAUCGCUCGAUCUCUUUGUGUUUCAUCAAAAAAAAGUAGCUCUGGAUUA